AUGUUCAAGUCGAAGCUGCAGGAGGUGUGCCAGAAGAAGGCUUGGGCCUUACCGGAGUACAGCAGCACCAAGGAGGGCGUCGAUCACGACCCUAGCUUCUCCGCCUCCGUCCUCGUCAACGGCCUCACUUUCCACACUCCCCAAUCCUUCCGCUCCUCUAAGCUCGCCCAAAACGACGCCGCUCGCCUCGCAUUCGAGCACUUUUCUGCCGCCGCGCCCCUCCCUGUUUCCCGCCCCGCUCCUUCCACUUUCCCUCAGCCCAGUCUUAUCGCAGGACUUCCCGUAGGAUCUCAGAUCAGCGACAAUACGACAGUUGUCGGUUCUCAGAACAGUGGCAGCACAUUAAGUGAUAACUAUUCCAAAGAUGUACAGCAUCAUAAGAACCAGCUGCAAUAUUAUGCUCAAAAGAGGAACCUAAAUUUACCUGUGUACUCUUGUGAGCGUGAAGGUCCUCCUCAUGCCGCUCGUUUCAAAUGUACUGUAACAAUUGAUGGACAGACUUAUCAGGGUCAAGAAUUUCUUCCCACUGUGAAGGAUGCUGAACAUGCAGCUGCAAAAGUUGCUUUGAUCUCCCUGUUGCCAAAUGGAGUCCAAGAAGAUGAUACUGGUUUGUACAAGAACCUUCUACAAGAACUACUUCAAAAAGAAGGUCAACAUGUGCCUCUUUAUAGCACAACGACAUCAGGUGAACCUCACAUGCCUAGGUUUGUUUCAACCGUGGAGAUUGGAGGCGAAUACUUUACAGGUGAGGUAGCAAGAAGCAAGAAGCUGGCAGAAGUGAGUGCAGCAAAGGUUGCUUACAACACUCUGAGAGAUCGUAAGUUGAGUCAUAUUCCAUUGUUUCCCACCCCGGCUACUGAAGGUCAAGUCUGUUCUGAGUUAUUAUCAUCUAAGGCUCCAUCAGUUGUAGCGGCUGAUCUACAACAACAAAUGAGACCCAACACAAUUCCAAAUUCAGUUAAAAGGGAACCAGAAUCGGAGAUGAGUGUGGCUGCAGUGGGAACCAGUCGUCAGGGGACAACUCCAUCUUUGGGAGUUAUUAGUGUUACUGUUGGUGGAGGAUCCACUUUAUCUGGCACUGUACAUGCCCGUCAACCGGAGACUUCACGUUCUGCUUCCCCUGAGCCCCAAAACGAUUUGUUUUCGACGUUGGCUUCAGACUAUAACUCAGAUGUGGACUCUACUCUUGAGCCAGCAGCAAAGAGAUUCUUCUCUAACAAGGUUUCUGUGCAUCCACGGAUGGCGGCGGCACUCCCUGAAGACUGUAUCGUGUUACCCUUUAGUGAUGAAAAUUGGGUUGCUGUAUCACCUAUGAAGUCAGAAUGUAGAAUGGAUCAUUGAUAAUGUGGUGGUUAUAUACUUAUAUGUAUAUUGUAUAUCGAAGAUGGUUUCUUUUUUUCUUUAUAUUAAUGUAAUUUGCUGGG